AUGUCUGGCCAGUACGGGGGUCAUCAAUACAAUCAAUACGGAGCCCAUGGGAAUAACCUGAACGAUGGAUAUGGUGGUCAGCCAGGGAACUAUCCUCCUGCACAGGGUCAAUAUGGUCAACCUCAGCAGCAUGGCUACUAUCAAUCUACACCUGCGUACAAUCAGCCGUCUCAUACCCAGUACCCAUCGUACGGACAACAGGGCCACCCCCCUCCCUAUAACGCAACCCCCCAGCAAGGCGCUUAUCCUGGUGACUAUGGUCACGUACAAGGCUCGCAGAUGAACCUACCGCCUGACGGUGGCCACUCCCCAUACCCGCCGCAGCAACAAUCUCACCAGGGUGAGAGUGCUUCGUACUACGGCGCUAGCUCGCAGUCGGGUCACGCUCCUCAGCCAGGACAAGCUCCUGGUCCGGGGGGAAAGGAAGGGGAGAAGGGUCUCGGUUCGUCGGUGCUUGGCGCUGCUGGCGGUGGUCUUGUUGGCCAUAAGCUUGGGGGCGGACUAUUGGGCACAGCAGGAGGUGCAUUGGUCGGGGCAGCAGGUAUGAAUCUAGUCAACAAAGCUCGCAAGAAGCACAAGCACAAGAAACACCAUAAGAAACAUCAUAAGCGCGACUCAAGCUCCAGCUCGUCGAGCUCUUCAAGCUCCAGUUCGAGCUCUUCUUCCAGUAAUUAG